AUGGCGGGACUCAAGGAACAAGUGCAGACCUCAAAAGAGAGAGAGCAAGGAAAUGUCGGGAUUCGAGAUCGGAUACAUCAUUUCACCGUAGGCGACUGAAGCUACCUUCCUUUCUAAUAUAUAGAAAAUGACAUUAACUUGGUCCCUUUUUACUUAGUGGGCGUGGUUUGCUGCGACCAUGAGUACAGGAGGCAUUGGACUCCUCCUAGCAAAAACACCACAUCGGUUCCCUGGCAUUAAUACCGUAGGCGAAGUUAUCUUCGUCUUUGAUCUGGCGCUCUUUAUAUGCCUCUGUAUCUCUAUAGCAAUCCGCUUCACGCUCUUUCGAAAAACUCUGAAAUCCUCCCUAGCUCAUCCUACCGAGUCCCUAUUUUUUGCCACAUUCUGGAUUUCAAUAACGAAUAUCAUUUCCAAUAUCCAAUGCUAUGGUGUACCGAAAACCGGAAACUGGCUAAUCGUUACCUUGCGUGUUGUAUUCUGGAUCUAUGUUGCUCUUACGUUUAUCGUGGCAGUCUGUCAAUAUUUCUUUCUGUUCACUGGCAAGCCAUUAACCCCUCAAUCUGCAAUGCCUGCGUGGACUCUACCUGUGUUUCCAAUCAUGCUUGCUGGAAGUCUUGCAUCACUCCUUGGACCCUCACAACCACCAGAGAAAGCGCUUCCGAUGAUGAUAGCUGGAGUCACCUUUCAAGGACUUGGUCUUCUCAUCGCUACAUAUGUUUAUGGGAUGUAUAUGAGCCGACUGAUGUCAGCGGGUCUUCCAAGAUCGAGCAUGCGUGCUGGUAUGUUCAUUGCUGUUGGUCCACCGUCUUUUACAAGUCUUGCUUAUCUAGGUAUAUCUGAAGAUCUUGGCCGAAUCUUUCCAGCACAUGGCUCUAUUUCCUCCAUCUCUCAUCCAGAAAUGAUUCCUGAUAUUUUUCGCAUUGUCGCUGUAUGUGUUGCACUGUUCCUAUGGGCUACUGCUUUUUGGUUCUUCUGCAUAUCGGUUGUUAGUACAAUAUAUGGUAUCAUGGUCGAUGGCAUGAUUUUUCAUCUUGUAUGGUGGGCAUUUGUGUUUCCAAAUGUCGGUUUUACUAUUUGCACCAUUUCCAUUGGGAAUGCUUUGAUGAGUGAGGGGAUUCUAUGGGUUGGUAGUGUAAUGACGAUACUGGUCAUUGUGACUUGGAUCUUUGUUGGCUUUGCACAUAUUCGGGCAGUUUGGAGGAGAGACAUUCUAUGGCCUGGAAAAGACGAAGAUCAUGAUUCAUGA